AUGCGUAUUUGUCGUCCGCCGGUGGUCCUGGCUCUGUCUCCUCUGGUGGUGGAAAAUCCUGGAGCCGCGGUGCCUCUCUCAAAGUCCGUCCUCCAGAUUGAAGACCCCGACAACAUGGCCGACGUGCUGGUGAUGGUCCUGGAGCCGCCGCAAUAUGGCCGCCUUACCCGUCUUCAUAGCGACCGUGCCUUAAACCGUUUCAAACUGGACGAGCUCUGGCGGCAGCAGGUCCAGUACGUGCACGACGGAUCAGACUCUGCGCACGACAAAGCGGUUCUGCAAAUCAAUGAUGGACACAACUACAAGAAUGUGCUGCUGCAGAUGGACAUUCAACAUAAGGCUGCAGACGCCCCUCAGCUGCAGUCAGUUCCUCUGGCCUGGGUGAAACAGGGUGGGAUGGUGCGACUGGAUAAGAAACACCUCCAGACUGACUUUAAAGGGGUCCGCUCUGAGGACACGGUCUACACUGUGCUGUCUGCGCAGGGACGACCCACAUAUGGUGAUGUGGUGCUCGCCUCCAUGCCUGCAGACUCACCCUUGGACGCCCCCAUGUCCCAGGAUAGCGGCUUCACCUCCACCUACUCCUUCACUCAGCAAGACGUCAACGAUGGAGCCGUUUGGUACCGGCACCAUGGAGCAGGCAGCACCGCGGACUCGUUCCAGUUCACGGUCUCCACAGACGCCGCUCCACACCUCCAGAGUGUUCCCCAGACUUUCACCAUCGGAGUCUUGCCUCAGCUGCCCGGGUUCCCUCAGCUCGCCCCAGACUGCGAGCUCCAGAUCACGGCUCUUGAGGAUCGGGUCACUGAGAUCACUGCUGCAGCUCUGUCUUUUGUUGACUCUGAAACUCCCAGUGACAAACUCAUCUACAACAUCACCAAACCUCUGCCUUUGGGACACGGAGUGUUGGAGCACCGCGACAGCCCAUACUCCGCCGUGUCCCGCUUCACCCAGUCUGAUGUGGACAAGGGAAAGAUCAUCUACAGACCUCCGCACGCCCCUUCACACCUGCAGGAGCUCUACACAUACUCCUUCACCGGUCUGCCAGAGUCUCUUAGUAUCUACUUCACAGUGUCUGACGGAGAGCACACCACUCCGGAGAUGGACUUUGCAAUUCUGGUUCUGUCCAAUCACCAGCAGCCGCCCGUCUUUCAGGUUCUGGACCCUGUGGUGGAGGUCAGCGUGGGGGGACAGGCUGCGAUUGGAGGUCAGCAGCUGGCGGUGAGUGAUGCAGACACUGCACCUGAUGAGCUGGAGUUUGAGCUGACAGAACCUCCUGUUUAUGGAGAGGUGCUCCGAACAGACACACUCAACAAGAUGAACAAAGGUGAUGUCUUCUCUUUCAGCGACGUCACUCGUAGCGUCCUGCUGUACCGUCACGGCGGCCACUCGCUCCUUGACGACCACAUCACCGUGUCUGUGAGUGACGGCAUCUCCAUGGCAACCGCCGUGGUGACUGUUGCAGUGAUGGGCAGCGGGGGGAGUGGACCUCAGCCGGACCCCAACGCCGCACUGUCCCUGCAGGUGAAGGAGAGGAGCAGCACGGUGAUCCGACGCAACCAGCUGGCUUACACGGAUGACGUGUCUCCAGACUCACAAAUCCGGAUCCAGCUGGUGUCAGUGCCUAUGUACGGGAUCCUGACGCGCUCGGGGUCUGGGCAAAAACACGAGGAGUUGCAGGAGUACUCCUCCUUCAGCAUGGACGACAUCAACCAGCAUUACAUCAGGUACAUCACAUCUGUGGAGACCGGGAGCCAGCCCAUCACCGACAUCUUCCACUUCACUGUUUACGACGGAGACAACAACCGCCUUGACAACCAGAUGUGCACCAUCACCAUCAGCUCUACUCCACGGCGCCCCCCGGAGGUCGCUGUGCGCUCCGUCAUCGAGGUGGAGGAGGGCGGCAGAGUGCAGCUGACCGCAGCCGACAUCAGCGUCACAGACCAGGACACGCCCAGGAAGGAACUGCUUAUGUGGCUCGUCUCCAUCCCCAAAUAUGGCUUCAUCGAGAAUACUAAACCAGGAGGUUCAGUCGGAGGUUCUCGUGUUAUCACUCCUGAGGCUCCCUUUUCCGUGGACGACUUGGUUCACGAACACAUCUUCUACGUUCAGGACAAAAAGUACAAAACCCAAGAGCAAAAAGAUGUCUUCAGCUUCUACAUCAGUAACGGACACACUCAGACAGAAGCUUUCAGUGUGGAGAUAGACAUCCAGAGUAAAGCAGCCAGUGAGCCGGAAGUGUCUGUGAGCAGCAUCCACGUGGAAGAGAACUCAGGAGUGGUCAUCACAAACUCUUCCCUCAACGUGUUUGACCGCGACACGCCAGAGAACGAGAUCCUCUUCACCGUCAUCCGCAGACCCUCCUACGGUAAACUGCGCAGACGCCAGUUCUACUCCCAGCCUCUAGAUAGCGGUAAAGUCUUGUCUCAGGGCUCCACCUUCACCUAUCAGGACGUGUUGGACCGGCUGCUGGUGUACACACCUGACUCCACCACAGGGGGAGCUGACGAGCUGGGCUUCACGCUCACAGACGGGGUGCACACUCACACCGGGAGGCUGCAUUUCACCAUGGAGGUGCUGCGCUCCGAAGGGCCCAGGAUGACAGUGAACAGGGGCCUCCAGCUGCCUGCAGGCACUUCAUCUAAAAUCACAGAACAGAACUUGAAGGGCACAGACAUCGACUCGGACAAUCUGAAGCUGCGUUACGUUCUGACCAAAGACCCAGCGAGUGGGAAGCUGCUGCUGAGCCCCCAGGGCGAGGCAGAGAAAGUGUCUGUGAAGGGGCCCAUCAAUGGAUUCACCCAGGACCAAGUCAACAAAGGAAUGGUGCAAUACAGCCAUGAGAAGUCGGAGAAAGCGGGAAGUGUGUCGUUCAAGUUUAACCUUGUGGAUCCUGAAGGCAACAAGCUCAUUGACCAGUCCUUCUUCAUCAGCGUCCUGGAGGACCGGCUGCCUCCGAUGGUGGAGGUGAACAAAGGUUUGGUCCUGGAUGAAAACAGCAUGAAGAAGAUUACCACUCUGCAGCUGUCGGCGAGUGACCAGGACAGCGAGCCGGGGGAGCUGCUGUACCAUGUGACCAAGCAGCCCGCACUGGGGCACCUGGAGCACGCCAACGUCCCAGCGUUCCCCGAGGGGGGCGUGACUGUUUACAUCUGA